AUGUCUGAACACGGUAACAGCGAAGUAGCCUUCGUGGUCUCCGAAGACGGGUCAGCGAACGUGACCAAUGCUGAAGAAGCAGAGGAGGACGAGGCAGCUAAUGACGAGUGCGAGGGCCCAACGCCGUCGUCUUCGAGCAAGUACAAGUACGACAGGCAAUGCCCUUCGUGCGGAAGUGUUCUCAGCACCUUAUACGCGCUCAAACUCCAUAUAAAUAAGAAACACCCGAAAGAAGAGAGCGAUCUGAUACCGCUCAUCAAGCAAACACAAUGGCGGUGCAUGCAGUUCCCGUGCACCGUCGACAUCAACUGCACGGUUGUGUGCAAGGGUCGAAAGGAAUUGUUGGAACACAUGCAGAACGACCACGGCGUAGUUGUUGAGUGGAUCGAUCACAGUUUCCCGACGCGGGAGGAGUUCGAGAAUUUCCGACGCGAGCUGCGGAAUUUCGGCACGAUGUUCAUCAAGGCCACGUCGCGUUACAGACAGAACACUGGCUGGGCCGUGUACAGAUGCAAUCGGGAAGGCAAUAAGGAUGAGAGGAAAAACCGACCGCGGCAGAGCAAUCGGGCUCAGACAAUCAAGAUCGGAACGUUUUGCACAGCUCACUGUAAAAUCUAUUAUGAGGGAGAGGGUGUCCGCGCCUACGGCAGCACGACGCACGUCAAUCACGAGGUGAAUGGUGUGUGGCCCGAGCACACAAUGCGAGCCCCGGAGUCCGAAGAGCGCAUCGUCGAGGUUCAUCACGUGGACGGCACUGUGGUUCAGGAGAUCGUUAAAGUUAUCGAAGAGCCCGGCUCGACCACGCGUGUUGUCCGUUGCGAAGAUGAAAACCAAGUUAUAAUCGCUACUGAGGAUGCGGACUGCGGAGGCCAUCAGAAGUUGGACACCUUGGUUCACGAAGGAGUCGAGGAGCUCAGGACCAUCCACGAGGAAUGUCAGACGGAGCCCCUGGUCGUUUACGCCGAUCGUCUUCGGAAAUUCUACCGGAGUCUAGGCGAAGCCGUCAGUCAGAUUGUGGGUGACGAUUUCCAAGCGAAGAGGUCUCGGAGAACCGUCAUGAGCGUGUGA